GCCACCACUAAUCACCCCUUUAAAAGCACCCCCGUACGCGUACAACACUAUACUCUGUCUCCCAUCUUCUCCACCGCCGCUACUCAUCGCAUUCUGUGUUUCAGUGUCUGAUGAGAAAAGUGUUUUUGAAGAGGAAAUAGAAAGUGUUGUAUUCUCAUUAUUCUGAUCUUGUGGUGAGCAGAGAAAAUGGAAGAACAAGGAGGGAGCAAGGUUGCAGGCAUCAGGCAGAUUGUGAGAUUGAAGGGGCUUCUGCAGAAAUGGCAGAAUGUUACUCUUGGGCCUAAGGGGAAUGACAGCUCCCCGAGGUCGCCUUCUCAGAAUUCACGGGGAGGCAUUUCACCCGCGAUUGAUAGGAGGUUGAGGAGUUAUAGUGUGCAUUGUGAUUCAGAUGAUGAGAGUUGCCACAGCCCUGAUCCGCCGCUUGAUGUUCCCAAGGGGUAUUUGGCAGUGUACGUUGGGCCGGAGCUCAGGAGGUUCAUAAUUCCCACUAGCUAUCUCAGCGAUCCGCUGUUCAAAGUGUUGCUGGAGAAGGUUGAGGAGGAGUUUGGGUUUGAUCACAGCGGCGGCCUCACAAUUCCAUGCGAAAUCGAAACUUUCAAGUACCUCCUGCAGUGCAUGGAGAACCAUCAGAGAGAUCUUGCAGAUGAAGAGAACUCUGGUUUGUUUGAACAACGUUAGUUGCUGAUUGAUGCAGCCCGGUUUUAACUUGCAGAUGAAUCAUAGUUGCCAGUCAAGAAGCGAUUUCUUUUUUUCUUUAUGCAGAUUGCAAAUUAAAGUUGCAUCUACAUUGUUUUCAUGCUUCUCCCAUUUGUAUUUUGUAACAAGGCUAGCUGCUCACAACCUGCAGUGUUUGAAUCUCAUACACCAUGAGUUUUUUUUUUUUUUUUUUUUUAACAAUUAGCAAAUGCCCAUUGUUCUGCUGAUCACCAUUCUUUUUGGCCAUUGCUAGUAGUAUAAAGUUUGAUGCUCCAUCAAGAUUGCUAGAAAUGGUUUUUGUUCUUCAGUCUUGAAUCA